AUGGUGGCGGAGGCGCAGCCCCAAAUCGUGGUCGAGGUGGCCGACCAACCACCUUCGCCGAGACGACCGAGCCGCGCGUUGAAACCGAGCGCGAAAGCUCGCGAAGCCAUGCAAUCGCUCGAGGACGUGGCUACCACGUCGAGGAGAGCGGCGAGCGAGACCACGCGGGCGGUUACGACGCGAGGAGCACGCGCGUCUGGGAUUCUAUAUGGAGCCAACAGCCGGAUCGAGACGGGGAAGUCAGGUAUACAGAUGCUCCUGGAGGCGAUCAACGAACAAACGAGACGAAAUGUACCGAAUGAUUACCGAGCAGCGAAACACGAUUGGCGAACUACCGCAAGAGGGUCAUACGCCGAAGUCGCUCGCACCCCACCAUCAAGCCAGCCAAGCGGUGUGCGCACCCUCUCCUCGCGAAACACGACGCCUUCAUCCUUUACCGACACGUUGUUCUGUACGAUCGAUACAUCUAGGGUGGAGGAGAAAGAGAAGGGAAACGUCCAGGUGGCGGACAUUAGAAAGGCAAUCGAGACAGAGGCCAGGGCACGGGAAAGCAUGGGAGACUGGCGUUGCGCUGCGGUUGUGAAGGAGGCCCGAAACCCGGACCGAGUCAGAGUAAUUUGCAGGGACGAAGGCGAGGUCCAGCUCGUCAAGGAAGCGGCAGUGAAGAUCAGUGUUCCUGGAGUGCGGGUAUUGAGAGACCAGUUGUACCCGGUGAGGGUAGACAAUGCCAACCGAACAGCGGUCCUCGAUGCGGACGGAAACAUCCUGCCGGGAGCCGCAGAGGCGCUAGGGACAGAGAACGACGUCAACAUUGCGAAGAUUGCCUGGCUCAGCAGGAAGGAUACAAGCAAGGCCUACGGCUCGAUGGUUGUCUACGUGACGAAGGGCAGCGAAGCAAGGCGACUUCUAGACGGGCCUUCCUCCCCAGAGUCACGAAGACGUGUCAGUCAGGCGACAUUAUGCGCGAUUCACCCCUGCGACCAUGGCUCAGACCACAGAGCAAUCGAGACAGCUUUUGACACCUCGGUGGAGGACCGUCCCAGUGAGACGAGGUUCCUCUUCAAGAACGCGCCCUGGGCGGAAAUUAGGACUAGGGUGGCAGCAAACCUCGAACGCAUCCCCUGGGACGGCAAUGUCCAGCAGCAGACGGACAGGCUCAUGGCAGCGGUAACCGAGGCGGUCUACGGCCUGACACCUAAAGCCAAACCCUCAUCAUACGCCAAGCGGUGGUGGACAACGGACCUGACACGGCUUCGCCAGACAUACACGUUUUGGAGAAACCAGGCGAGAUCUCGACGUAGGAUUGGGCAAACAGCACCAGAGCUCGAACAACGAGCCAGGAUGGCAGCCAAAGAGUACCACGACGCCAUCCGCAGACAGAAGAGUUCGCAUUGGAACGACUUCCUGGCCGAUGACGCUAACAUCUGGCAAGCAACGAAGUACCUGCAAACCGGCAGCGGCACGAUGGGCGAUAAGAUACCCCCGCUCGUCCGACCCGAUGGCUCCAUCACGGAGGGUAAAGCAGAACAAGCGCAGGAGUUACUCACCGCCUUCUUCCCACCUUUGCCAGCGAGAAUCGAAGACGAGGGCCAACGACCUCAACGGGCGCCGGUACACAUGCCAGACCUAACAAUGGAGGAGAUAGAACAAAAGGUCCUGUCCGCUAAGCCAUGGAAGGCGCCCGGGGAAGACGGUCUACCGGCAAUGCCAAGUUCCCUGGAGACCCAUCUCGCUGCUCUUCCACGCUGGGGUAAGAUACUGGGAGGCAGUCAUUUGCGGAAGCGUUUAUCUCCAUGCUGGUGGAGACCUGCGGCCCUUCUACCCGCCAACCACUUCGGAGCCAGGAAGAGACGCUCGACCGAACAGGCUCUCCUUCUGCUUCAGGAACACAUCUACAAAGCAUGGAGAGCUAGGAAGGUGCUCAGUUUGAUCAGCUUCGAUGUCAAGGGCGCAUACAAUGGGGUCUUCAAAGACAGGCUUCUCCAGAGGCUCAAGGCAAGAGGGAUACCUGAACCCCUGGUCAAGUGGAUCGACGCCUUCUGCUCCAAGCGCACAGCGACCAUUGCCGUAAACGGGUUCACAUCUGGACGGCAAGAGCUGCCCCAAGCGGGUCUUCCGCAAGGAUCGCCGCUGUCUCCAGUGUUGUUCCUCUUCUUCAACGCCGACCUAGUGCAGCACAAGAUCGACGCGAACGGAGGCGCAAUUGCCUUCGUGGACGACUACACUGCCUGGGUAACGGGCCCGUCAGCGGAGUCGAACCGCACUGGAAUCCAAGCUAUCAUCGACAAAGCCCUUGACUGGGAGAAACGGAGCGGCGAAGUGGUCAAACCGAAGGAAAGUGCGAAAAUCCUAGGUGUCGUGAUGGAUCGCGAACUCCGCUACAAGCAGCACAUUGCUAGGACGGCAGCCAAGGGCCUCGCAGCCGCUAUGGCCCUGAAGAGGCUAAAGAUGCUUUCCCCGCGGACAGCGGGACAGCUAUUUGUUGCGACAGUAGCCCCGGUCAUGGACUACGCUGCCAAUGUCUGGAUGCAUGCGUGCGGGGAAAAAGCACUGAGCUGGCUGAACAGGGCGCAGAAGAUCGGGGCCCUGGCCAUCACGGGAGCCUUUCGAACCGCGGCAACAGCCGUGGUGGAAGCUGAAGCGAGCAUCUACCCCGUACGAGAACGACACGCCCAGGCGGCAGCCAGUCUGUGGAUCAACAUCCACACGCUGCCCGGAACGCAUCCCCUUGCCAUGAAGAAAGUCCGGAACACCGUACGAUUCGUAUCUCCGCUGCAGAAAAUUGCCCGUGUGGCCGAAGGAGUACGAGUUGACCGGAUGGAGACAAUCCAGGAAUACGCCGUCCCGCCCUGGGCACCUCGCCUACGACCGACGCUCGAAGCCGAUCGAGGGAAGGUGGCCGAGAUGCCGCGGCAGCAAUCCGGCCAAAGCAUCAUACGGCAAAUCUACGACUUGGCCAGGCUGCACCGACAAAGAGGGAACUCGGUCAACUUCCUGUGGAUACCAGCGGAGAUUGACUUCGCGCUGGGGUCAGAUGCCAAGGCAGCAGCCCAGAGAGCGUCGAAGCAAGGACGCACACCCGACUCCCAAAUACCCCAGGCCAAGUCUACCGCGAUGAGGCUGGCAAUGGAAAGACAACGGGCGACAAGAGUUCUACCUGUAAGCGUGGGCAAGUUCUCAAAGGCCAUGGACGCAGCACUACCAGGCAAGCACACGCGCCAUCUCUAUGACAAGCUGAAGCGAAGGGAGGCCUGCGUAUUGGCGCAGCUCCGAACCGGAAUGGCGAGACUGAACGGUUUUUUGAGCAGGAUUGGGGCGGUCGAGUCAGACCUUUGUGCCUGUGGACAAGCGAGGGAAUCAGUGGAACACUUUCUUUUCCGAUGCGUGAGAUGGACAGCUCUGAGGGAAGACAUGCUGCAAUGCACAGUGGCAAGACGAGGAAGCCUGCUCGUUCUAAUCAUGGGUUAG